UUGAAUAGAAUAUCCUUAUCAAGAUCUAUAUUAUUACGGAAUAAAAUGUUGUUCAAAAGAUUGAUGUUGUGAUGAAUAAACAAUUUAAGUACUUUUCAUUUCUUUCAAAAUUUACAUUUUUUGUAGACAACUUAGCACUUCAUCGACCAACAACUGAGCUUUAUCCGUUCUCAUCUAAAAAUCCAAGUGGUAAACUUGUCGAUGGUAUGAAAUCUAACCUUGCAUAUGCAGGCGGUCAAUGUACCGCCACCUUGGAAAAUAAAGAGAUUGCGAUGUGGAGGGUGGAUUUAGAGCGCAUUUCACAGGUGGAGCGCAUUGUGGUGUAUGCUAGAACGGACAACAAAAAGUGGGACGCAAACAAUGGUUUUAGAGCGAGGUUUCUGGGAUUUACAGUUGCUGUUUCCAACAAAACAGAUCAUACGGAUGGUACAAUUUGUUACCAUGACAAACACCACACCAUUUAUACCUUACCUGCAGUGAUGGACAUUACUUGUGUUGCUGUUGGUCGAUACGUUAUCUUUUACAAUGAGAGAAUCAAUGGAUUAAAAUACCCAAAGGGCUACAGUCCACACGCGUUUGUUGACCUUUGUGAGGUCGAAGUGUACGGGUGUCCCUCUCCACAGUAUGGUUACAGGGAUCCCCAAUGUACACUCCCUUGUAUAUUUACCUGUAAAGAAUGUGAGUAGUUUACAUUUGUUUAUAGUAGUUAACAGUCGUUUAGAGUGGUAUAUAUUAGUUUACAGUCGUUUACUGUUGUUUACAGUUGCAGCAGUGAGUAUGUUUACCUUACAAUUCAUAAAGAGAUGAACUGCAACGACAAUUAAGUAUUUGCUAUGAUACAGUGAAAUCAUUGGAUUUUAAGGUGGCUCAACUUCUGUGGAAUUCUUGGGUACCUCUCAUACACUAAUUGACAUACUCCUCAAAUAAAAAUAAUGGGUUACUAGGAAGUUUGUAUUCCUUUGUAGGUGUAAGAAAGUACAAGAAUUUACGUCCGAACAAACAAAUAACAAAAGUAAUCCACAAAUUAUUCGCCCCGACGAAUUUUCAUGAUUUUGCAGUAAGUGUUUUUGGAAUUUAGAAUUCCAUCUGAUUUGAAAAACCAAGUACAAUUCAACAUGAUAGACAUGAAUUUUGAAAUAUAAAGCACGAAAAUGGUUGGUGGAUUAAAAUUAUCAUUCUGACCUUUUCCAACUUUGUUUAAUUCUCAAAAAGUCAAUCCAUUCUUGCUCUGGUCAAACAAAGUAUAAGUUUGAAACUUUUAUAACUAUUGUUUCCCAUAAAGUAAUGCAUUUUUAAGCUGUAUCUGGGUAAAUCAGAAUAUAAAGUGAUAUAUUUAUAGGUGUAUACUUCUCGUUGAAAUAGUUUCUGAAAUCAGCGGCAAAUUACCUUAUCAUUACUCAAAGUCUGGUACAGUAUUACAUUUUAGAAGUCUAAUAUUCGAUAUAUAUUUGUGUAUACAAAAAUCAUUAGUAUGAAAAGUUUAAUGAAUAAGAUAUGAAUUAACGACAUUCCCAGACGGAUGCAAAAUCAUUUUACGUGAUUUACAAGCGUGACUUCUUAACAUCAUUGUUAGAUAAUAUUUUGCGAAAUACCUUAACACAAACAAUUUAUUUGCUGGUAUUUUUUUUCACUUUACAGUUUAUGCCUUGAUUCAGAAAGCUCCGUAACGUAAAGAUCUAGUAAAUGAAAGGUGCCUACAGAUUUAUAAUAUUAUAUAAUAGUUAUAAAUUUUUUUGAUGAUGCAAAGUAUGACGUCAUAAUGGUUUUUUCAUCAAAGGGACACUCUAGAUUCAUUUACUAGAUCUUGACCUUAAUUUAUCUCAAAAAAUUAAAUAGAAAUAAAAGGAACGAAGAAUUUUGCAAAUCUUUAAUGGUUUUUUGUAUCUGUUAUAACUGUCCAUUGCUAUCUAGAAUAAAUAUGGAUAUGCAUUUAAUGUGUACCCUUAUAAUACUUUAAAGGACGGUUGAAUAUAUAUACUUAAGUAUCAAUAAUUACAUUUGCAAGAAUGCUUCUUUAUAUACACAUAUAGAGAAGCGAAAACGUUAAACACAUGAUGAAACUGUGCCAUUCAGUCAACUGAAAUGGGACUGAAAAGUUACUGAAAUUGAAAAUACUGAAGAUUAACAACAGUCUAAAUUGAAUUCCCUGUUCCGUCAGUUUAACCGUCGAUACAACGACCUUGUCAUGAAACAAAUUCCCGCGCUAAGUUGAAUGCUGACACUCGUUUUUCAUAUUCAUUGCUUGGUCCGAUUUUACAUCAGAUUUUGUGAACGCUUU